AUGGCGUCUCUGCCGGGCUCCAAGGCCAGAGCGCCAGGCUCGAGAGGCAAAGGCCGCCUCGGCCAGGGGCCGCCGCUGGCCAUGGGGCGGGCGCCGCGUGCACUGGAGCGCGGCGCGGCGCGGCGCGGCGCGGCGCCCGCCUGCCGGAGCGCCGGCCCGGGGUGCUCGCGCCUGCCCGCUCGGCGAUGGCAGGCCGGGGCUGGCCUGGUGCCCGCCGCGCGCCCGCGCGAACCGCCUCGGGCGCGGCCCGCGGUGGUGCGGGCCGCGGCGCGCGCGCCCGCGGGUCGGCCCCUGACCCCGGCCGUGCUGGGCGCGCGACGCCGCGGCCCCGCCCUCGAGCGCGGCCGCGGGUCCACCGCCGCCGCCGCCCGCCGCGCGGCGCUUGCCCUGCGCGGCGGCCGGCGCGGCGGCGGCAGCGGCCGCCGUGGCCCGGGGCCGCCGAGCGGCCCGGCGGCGCGGGGCGGGCGGCCUUUGCGGCCGGCGCGCGGUGGCGGCGGCCCGCGCUGCGGGGCCGCCGGCGCGCGGUGGGGCCCGCAGGCGGCCGGCCUCGCGGCGCCGUUCGCGCUGAAGCGCGCUGUGGAUGCCCUCAGCAGGGGCCCCGGUGCGGGCGGCUGCGCGGCCGGGGUCAAGUGGAUCGUGACCUUCGCCUUGCUGAAGGGGUCGAGCCAGCAGCUGAACAGUAGCAAGAAUGUUCUGCUGUCCUUGAUCUCGCGCCCGAUGGGUCGGAGGCUGUCCAUGCGGCUCUACGCGCAUCUGCUAGAACUGGACCUGCAAUUCCACACCUCGCGCCGCACCGGCGAGUUGCUGCGCCGUCUCGACCGCUGCUCGCGCGCGGUAGAGACAAUCCUUCGGGCAGCUCUGUUCACCUUCGUGCCAGUGUGCUGCGAGCUGUGCGUGGUUGUGGGCCUGUUGUCCUCUCGGGGGCGAGACGUGGCUGCCAUCGUUUUAUCAGCGUUCGUUUCUUAUGUGGCCUUCACAAUUGCCAUGACACUCGGCUGGGUGACGCGUGCACGGAGGCGCAUGAACAGAUUUGACGAUGCCCAAUCUGCGCGCUCAACAGAAGGGUUGAUCAACAUCGAGCAGGUCAAGCUCUUCCGGGCCUUGGACCGAGAAGGGCAGCGCUACGAUUCGGCCCUGCGAGGGUACCAGGGUGCUGCUCAAAGCUCCGAUUUCGCUGGAGCCGCUUUAGUCGCGGGCCAACAGGUCAUCACCACAUCAGGGCUCGGGCUCGCCCUCUGGAGCGUCGCCCGUCGUGUCGGCAGCGGUGCAGCCUCCGUUGGCGACAUCCCCAUGGUCCACGGCCUGGUGCUGCAGCUGUGGAACCCGCUGCAGUUCCUGGGAGUCUACGUGCGCGAGGCCAGGCAGGCGGUCAUCGACCUCGAGGACGCCUCGGCCCUCCUGGCACUCGAGCCUCUUGUCACGGAGCCUUCUCGCCCAGCUCCGCUGCCGGCUGCUGGGCCAGAGGUCCCGGUGGUCGAGUUCCGCAGCGUGCACUUCCGGUACGGGGAUGCCGGACCCGCAGUCCUGCGCGGCGUCUCCCUCGCCGUGCCGGCGGGCUCCUGCGUGGCGCUCGUGGGCGCGUCGGGCAGUGGCAAGAGCACGCUGGGCAGGCUGGUGCCGCGGCUGGCGGAUCCAUGCGGCGGCGCGGUGUUUUUCAACGGGGUGGACGUGAGGCAGCUGGAGGUCGCCGAGCUCCGUGGGCGGAUCGCAGUCGUGUCGCAGGACGUGGUGGUCUUCAACGAGACCAUGAGGUACAACCUCGCGUACGCGAAGCCCGACGCCUCGCAGGCCGAGCUCGCCCUGGCGCUCGAGGCCAGCGGCCUCAGCUCGGCUGUGGCCGCGCUGCCCGCGGGGCUCGAGACGGCGGGGGGGGAGAGGGGCCUCGCGCUGAGCGGCGGGGAGCGGCAACGGCUGGCGCUGGCCCGGGCGCUGCUGCAGCCGGCGGAGCUGGUCCUGCUCGACGAGGCCACCAGCGCCCUGGACGCCGCUGCCGAGGCGGCGGUGCUCCGCGCGCUGCUGGCGGAGCGUGGCCGGGGGCGCUCCCUGCUGGCGAUUACGCACCGGCUGGACACGGCACGCCUGGCGGACGAGGUGGUCGUGCUGGACCGCGGGGAGGUCGUGGAGCGAGGUGACCCGUGGUGGCUGCCCACGGGCAACGCGGGGAGCCAGCACGGGGUGCUUCUCGACCACGACUCGGGGCUGAACAUCACCGGGUCCACCGACGUGACGGGCCCCUCCGACAGCAACUUCGGGGACAAGGCCGACUGCCCAUCGCCCGGGGGGACGCCUGCGCGCCUGCGGCCCAUCCGACCGGCCUCGGGGGCGCGCCGGGGAGGCGGCUACAGCAUCGGGGGCACCCUGAACCCCAAUGCCGCCGCCACCCUCUCGGGCCGCUUGAACCAAUGA